AUGAGUUAUUGGCUGAACGAAAUGGAAUUUGAAGAGCCCGACACCCUCACUGAAGGGUUGUUACUCUCUCAUGGUGGUGGUAGCGACGCGAACGGCGGCGGAACCAAGGACUACUCCAUGAUUUUGGGCAUGCAGCUCUCGCACGUUCUGUUGGGCGACAACAACAACAAUAACAAGAUGGUCCCUCACCAUGAUGACGUCGAAUGGGGAUCAUCAUCUACUACUACUUCGACUGCAACAACAACCGAACGCUGUGGAUUCUGUUGGGCGGGUAUCCUCCUCUUGGUCUACUCGGUGAUACUCUUUUGCAGUGUCAUUGACUUGAUCUUGGACUUUCACAUCUUUCCAGGCGUCACCAUUCCGAUUCUCAUUGCCAUUCUCUUGGUGGUGCUAGUAGUCACGGCGCUCUACCUCGCCAUGCCCAUUCUCAUGGCGGUCAACGAAAUAUACCUCUUUGAGCGGCGAUUGUUGGUGGUGGAGUCUUGA